CUUUCGCAUUCUUGCAACUUGUCCAACGAGGGAAAUCACGCACUUGUGAAAACAACUGGAAAAUUUCUUAUUUGGGGACAUUAAUAAUAUUUUGAUGGUUAAACACGUAAAAGUUGCGAUAUUGAAAUAAUGGCUGAGUCUGUGGCACCAGCAAAGACUCCUUCUACCAUAAAGGAGGGCUGGCUGCUUAAAAGAGGAGAACACAUUAAAAACUGGCGUCAAAGAUACUUUGUGCUGCUAGAUGAUGGGUCAUUAUUAGGAUUCAAACACAAGCCUGAGCCAAGCAUCAGUCUUGCUGAACCCUUGAACAAUUUCACAGUAAAAGGAUGCCAAAUUAUGAAAGCAGAUCGCCCAAAACCAUUCACCUUUCUGAUUCGAGGUCUGCAAUGGACGACUGUAAUUGAAAGGACUUUUCAUGUUGAGUCUGAAAAAGAAAGGGAAGAAUGGAUGGCUGCUAUUGAGCAUGUUGCUGAACGGCUUCAUACAGACCCUGAUAGCAAUGAUGUGGAUAUGUCCGCCGUUUCUGAAGAAAACGAUCUAAAGGGCUCCUCAUCACCGUUAUCGCUGUCCAACAAACUGGUUUCUUCACCUAUCGAUGCAGGGAAUGAUGAAUUUCAAAUGAAAUUUCUUGUAACUGGAACGUCUAAUCGUCCUCAUCAUUCAGGGAAAAAGAAAGUGACUUUGGAAAAUUUUGAAUUUAUCAAAAUGCUGGGUAAAGGCACUUUCGGAAAAGUGAUUCUUUGCCGAGAAAAAGGCACUGGGCACUUGUUUGCCAUAAAAAUCUUGAAAAAGGAAGUCAUUAUUGCGAAAGACGAAGUGGCGCACACGCUCACCGAAAACCGCGUGCUUCAAACCACCAACCAUCCUUUUUUGAUUGCGUUGAAAUAUUCCUUUCAGACGGCGGAACGUUUAUGUUUCGUAAUGGAAUACGUCAAUGGCGGUGAACUGUUCUUCCAUCUUUCGCGCGAGCGAAUCUUUUCUGAAGAUCGGACGCGGUUUUACGGAGCGGAAAUAGUUUCCGCGUUGGGCUACCUCCACGAACAGGGCAUUAUUUACAGGGAUCUUAAGCUGGAAAACCUUUUACUCGAUAAAGAUGGACACAUCAAAAUAGCUGACUUUGGACUUUGUAAAGAAGAUAUCACUUACGGACGGACUACCAAAACCUUUUGUGGAACACCCGAGUACCUUGCCCCCGAAGUGCUUGAAGACAACGACUACGGGAGGGCAGUAGAUUGGUGGGGCUUGGGUGUCGUGAUGUAUGAGCUCAUGUGCGGUCGCCUCCCGUUUUACGACCGGGAUCACGACGUUCUGUUUGAACGCAUUCUUUUGGAAGAAGUUAGAUUCCCCCGAACACUGUCGCAGGAAGCGAAAGAUCUUCUUGGCGGUCUUCUAGCUAAGGAUCCACAUAAAAGAUUAGGAGGUGGCCCGGAAGACUAUAAAGAAAUCACUCAACAUCCAUUUUUCCUACCGAUUUCUUGGACAGAUCUAGUUCAACGGAAGAUUCCACCACCGUUCAAGCCGCAAGUGGUGAGUGAAACAGACACCCGAUACUUCGAAUCAGAAUUCACAGGCGAAUCUGUGGAAUUGACACCGCCAGAUCCGGGGCCUCUACAUAGCAUCAGCGAGGAAGUAGAGCCGCCUUGCUAUUUCGAAAAAUUUUCCUACUGCCCGGAAGUUAGCUCCACUUUGGGUUCAAACACCUCGUUGACGCAUACAGCGCUCGGUUAAUUUCCGUUUCGCAUCUUCUCGAAUUCUUCGAUAACAAACUACAGAGCCCAGUUAGGUGUGCAUCGCAAAGAGCACACUCGCCCUGCCAGUGCCGACUAUUGAAGCCGGUGUAAAGAGAGCCACAUAUGUUGUCUCUUCACUAGAGUAGACACCGGUCGUUUGCCAGACAAAUAAAAGCAUUUAGUUGAAACAGGAUUUCAUGGGCUAGCUCAGAGACAGUCGCCACACGGUUUUCUUUAUUUUAUGUCAAUCCCUUCCGAUAAACUCCGGUGCAGCUGACCUUCGAUAGCAUGAAGUCAAUCAACCUUCGGACCUACCAAGUAGUUAUACCAGUAAGAGUGAAGACAUUUCCGUUGAAGAAGAGGGGAAGGGGACAUUUCUAACUACGUCAAGGAAAUCGGUCGUUUUUUAAUAGAAGUUACCCAGUAGUAGUAAAUAGCUCCGUCUUUCUCUCCUGGUCCCCAACCCCUUGUUGACCUUAUUAAUUAUUGAAGAUUUUGUUGUUUUUUUUUUGUCCUUUUUUAUUGUUAUUUUGCGAUCUUCUUCGAAACCCACCCAGUGAACACUUAAUAAAAUGGGAGACUGCUUGUUCUUUGUUUCCUUCGGUUAUAGUAGGGCGUCCUUCUCCCUUCAAUUUCCUUCCUGCGUAACCCUACGAAACGGUCAAAUUGUUCGUUACUUCUUACUCCACGAAUUACAGCUCGUAUGUGGGCUGCUGCCUCUUUUCAUUCGUUAUCCUCCCGCCUCAAAAAACUGUUUCUCGAAUCCCCUUCUUUUACCGUUGCCUAUCACUGAAAUUGCAUAUGUCGUGACUUCUCUUCCUUUGUUAUUUCCUUGUUUAUCCUUCACUUAUCUCCUUGUUCGAGUCUCCCAAACUAUGCACCUGAGGUAACGCGUGGGACUUUGCUGUUGCAAUUUUUUUGUGUAUGCGCCCUUUCCUUCUCUUUUUGCUACUGUAUCAUACACAUUUUCUGGGAA